GCAUAUACCAUCCUAAUAAGAACGAAAUAAUUUAACAAUAUUGAGACGGUCCAGGUUUCCUUAAAAUUGCUCGUCCAGAAGGAGGAAGUAAAGACUUCAAGUACUUAACUAGAUCCAAGUUCGAGUUCGUCAUGGAGGCAUUCCAGAAGAAGUUAAGCGAUAUUGAAGGGAAGAUAACCGGAUUCGAUGAAAAGCUAGCAGGGUUUGAUGAAAUGAAGGAUCAGCUGAACAUGAUAGUAAAGAUCUUAUCAGCUAAAGGAAAAGAGGCAGUAUCUAACGAUGAAGAAAUACAUUCUGAUGAGGAAGACCGCGAUGGGCACCUGAAGGGUGAAACUUCUAGUGCCAAGAUCCCCGUCAUGCCCUCAAAAGACGUAAAUGAUAAGAAGAACGUGGGAUCUCCAAUACAUGAUCGAGAGGAAGACAAAUUGGAAGAAGCCAUGGACGACGUCCUAUUAAAAGAAAAAUGGGAAUACCUAGAUGAAAGGGUGAGAACCAUUGAGGGGAUAGAAUCCUAUGGUUCUACAGAUGCCACACAAUUGUGCCUAGUGCCAGAAGUAAUAAUUCCCAAUAAAUUUAAAAUUCCAUAGUUUGAAAAGUAUGACGGUACCACGUGCCCCAGAAACCAUCUGAUCAUGUAUUGCAACAAAAUGGCUAACCAUAUUAGAGAUGACAAGCUCAUGAUACAUUGCUUCCAGAAUAGCCUAAGUGGUUCGGCGCUAAGAUGGUAUAUGCAACUCGAAAGAUCGAAGGUGAAAAGGUGGCAAGAUUUAGCUGAUGUGUUCAUUAGACACUACAAGCACAACCAAGAUCUAGCUCCUGACCGAGAAGAUUUGCGUAACAUGGAAAAGCAAGAAAAUGAAUCUUUUCGUGAAUA